AGAGAAAGUGAGGAGAGUUCUCUGGGGGAAAGAGCUAUACACCUUCUGAGAUAAAGGGAUACUCUCCUGCUCUGCGCCUCCUUUCCGUCCUCUAACAACUGCAGAAGGUCACUCCGGAAUACAGGGACCGUGGGUCGCACUUAUCAGGCGCCAUAUGCACACGCGCUCUUAAUUGGCAGCUGUGGGAGCACGCGCAGAGUGUCGUGCGUAAAGCCCGGUGUGCGUGAAGCAGGUGUCCAGCGGAGGGUCGGCGUGACCAGGUAGCGUGCUCCGUGAUGGAGCCCAAACAUAGACCUAUGUGGACCCUGAUGCAUCAUACGUGGCUGCUGUUGCUGCUGGUGACGCUCCCCUCAUCCAGGGCAGUGAACCUGGUGGAUGUGCUCAAGGUGCUGGAGCUCUCAGAGGAUAUGGAGGGCGUGUCCCUGGAGGCCGGCCUGUGCACCAGCCGCUCAGACCAAGAUGUGACUGACCUGUCCUAUAAGAUUGACAAGAAGAUCCAGCUCAGUGCUCCCACUAAGCAGCUCUUCCCUGAUUCCAGGUUCCCAGUGGACUUCUCAGUGAUGACUACAGUGCGACCGGUCAAGGGCUCUCAGGUUUUCCUCUUCUCCCUCUAUGACCCUCAGGGCACACAGCAGCUAGGUGUGGAGCUGGCCCGCUCUCCUGUCUUUCUAUAUGAAGACCAUAACGGCCAGCCUAGCCCAGACAUGUAUCCCAUCUUCAGGAAAGUCAGUCUGGCUGAUGGAAAGUGGCACAGAGUGGCCUACAGCGUGGAGGGCCAGUCGGUGACUUUGUACCUGGACUGUGUCAAAGUUGAGACUCUGGAGCUGCUGCGAGGCCCUGACCCCCAUGUCAGCACUGAGGGGGUCAGUGUGUUUGGGACACGCCUGCUGGACGAAGCUGUCUUUGAGGGAGAAAUCCAGCAGCUGUUGAUGGUGGACGACCCCCGAGUGGCCGAGACCUACUGCCAGGACUACAUCCCAGACUGUGACCGCCCUCUGCCUUACAACUCCAUCUUGGUGGAGCCAGAGGAGCUGGAGCGAGUGCCAAAGAAACGUGUCGUGGAGGAGUUUGAGGAGUUUGACUAUAGUGACCUCUAUGAUGACCUCUCUGUCUCCACGGUGACUGUGGGUCCCAAUAUCACUGAGUAUGAGAUUGUGGAGUAUGAAGACUACGACAACUCCACAGACUACUACCAAGUCCAUGAGUAUGAGUACGAGGAGGAGCACGAAGGCCGCCAUGGACCUGCCGAGAGGGAACAGGCUUACAUCCUGGGCCUAGAGAAUAUUCCAGAAAAAGGAGAGAAGGGAGAGCCAGCUGUGUUUGGAGCGGGGACACAAAUUGUGGGACCUGCUGGGCCCGAGGGUCCUCAGGGAGAAUCUGGUCCAACUGGAGUCACUGGACCUGUGGGACCUCGAGGAGAUCCUGGUGAACUGGGCCCUCCAGGUCGGCCCGGUCUGAGUGGAGCUGAUGGGAUCCCUGGUCCACCAGGAAACAUCAUGCUCAUACCAUUCCAGUCUGGUGGUGACCCAAAGACAGGAACUGUGGUGUCAGCCCAGGAGGCCCAGGCCCAGGCCAUUCUGCAACAGACCAAGCUUGCUAUGAAGGGGCCUCCAGGACCACUUGGACUAAGGGGGCGUCCCGGGCCACUGGGAGCUCCAGGCCCUUCAGGGCUCAAGGGGAGCAAUGGAGAGAUGGGGCCAGCUGGUCCUCCUGGACUUACAGGCAUUCCAGGUCAGAACGGACGACCAGGAAAAAGGGGCCGUUCGGGGUCUGACGGCGGGAGAGGGGCUAUCGGAGAGCCAGGAGCAAAGGGGGACCGAGGCUUUGAUGGACUGCCAGGUCUUCCUGGGAACAAAGGACACAAGGGAGACAGGGGGAAACCCGGGCCUGUGGGGCCUCCUGGCCUCUUAGGGGAGAAGGGGUCAGAGGGGCCACCCGGUCCAAGAGGAGCUCCAGGUGAUGCUGGUGCCAGAGGUCUGACUGGACCCAGGGGUCGACCGGGCCCCCCAGGACAGCCUGGUGUCCGCGGAAUAGAUGGGGUCCAAGGCUCAAAAGGAAACAUUGGAGCUCCUGGAGACAUCGGAGCACCAGGACAGCAAGGAAACCCUGGCAUCCUGGGCUUUCCCGGUCCUCAGGGACUGGUGGGACAUCCAGGAGAAAAGGGCCCUCAGGGAAAGAAAGGGAUGCCCGGCUUACCAGGAAACGACGGGCCACCAGGCCAUCCUGGAAGAGAGGGCACGGCUGGAGAGAAAGGGCUGCCUGGCACAGCAGGAGUACAGGGGCCUGUGGGAUACCCUGGUCAACGUGGAGUUAAGGGAGCAGACGGACUGAGAGGACUAAAGGGCAGCAAAGGGGAGAAGGGAGAGGAUGGUUUUCCGGGGGCCAAGGGGGAGAUGGGUGCAAAGGGAGAUGUUGGAGAUAAUGGACUUCUUGGAGCUCGUGGAGAGGACGGACCAGAGGGCCCUAAAGGCCAAAUGGGCCCUCAAGGAGAGGCCGGUGCUGCGGGUACUUCUGGUGAGAAGGGUAAACUAGGGGUGCCGGGGUUGCCAGGUUAUCCAGGGCGCCAGGGACCAAAGGGCUCUGAUGGCUUUCCUGGAGUAAUUGGAGCUGCAGGAGAAAAGGGCAAAAAAGGUCCUGGAGGCCAGCAGGGCAGUGCAGGACAAAGGGGCCCAAACGGUGCCAGAGGGGCCAGAGGAGCACGAGGGCCCACGGGGAAGUCUGGGGACAAGGGUGCAUCCGGAAAUGACGGGCCCCCAGGAUCUCCUGGUGAAAGGGGACCUCAAGGACCACAAGGCAGAAAUGGGGAGCCAGGACCUAAAGGAUCUCCUGGUCCCGCUGGAAAAGAUGGCCUUCCAGGGCACCCUGGGCAAAGAGGAGAACCGGGAUUCCAAGGCAAAACCGGACCCCCAGGGCCUUCUGGUGUGGUGGGACCACAGGGGAAGUCUGGCGAGCCAGGCCCUCCGGGAGAUCGGGGCCAUCCAGGGGCGCCUGGCGUGCCUGGAGAGCAUGGUUUGCCUGGUGUGGCUGGAAAAGAAGGUGGAAAGGGAGACCCAGGGUUACCAGGGACAGCAGGGAAAAAUGGCCCAGCAGGAUUGAAGGGAUUUAGAGGAAGUAGAGGAGCUCCGGGAGUCAUGGGUCCUCCAGGACUGAAAGGAGGCUCUGGACCUAAUGGACUGCCAGGAGCUAUUGGAGCGACAGGUGAAAGGGGCCCUCCGGGACCUGCAGGGGCCAUAGGUCAGCCAGGACGGGCUGGAGCCAUAGGAGGACCAGGACCCAUGGGAGAGAAGGGGGAACCUGGCACCGGCGGACCCAUUGGACCUGCAGGUCAGGAUGGAGAGCAGGGUCCUGUGGGCAUGCCCGGGGCAACAGGCCCCGCAGGACCCCCUGGAGAUGAUGGAGAUAAGGGAGAGCAUGGUGGACCUGGACAGAAAGGCAGCAAAGGAGACAAAGGAGAAGCUGGACCUCCAGGGCCUGCAGGGCCUCAGGGGCCUGUCGGGCAGUCUGGACUUCCUGGGGUGGAUGGACUGUCUGGUCCAAGGGGGCAGCAGGGCAUGUACGGGCCAAAAGGAGAUGAGGGUCUGCGGGGUUUUAAAGGCUCUCGAGGACCCAUUGGUUUACAGGGAAUGCCAGGGACCCCCGGAGAGAAAGGCGAGAGUGGACAUGUUGGACUCAUGGGUCUUCCAGGUCAACAAGGCCCUGUUGGCUCUCAAGGUCCAAUAGGGGGACAGGGUCCACCGGGACGCGCAGGCAUGAUCGGGCAGCCUGGCAUUGUUGGAGAAAAGGGUGAGGACGGAGAGGCUGGGGAUCCUGGACCUGUGGGCUUGGCUGGAAGGACUGGAGAGAAAGGAGACCAGGGAGAGAAGGGUGAUACCGGUGCACCAGGAGCAGCUGGGCCACCAGGAGCCAGGGGCCCCACAGGAGAAGACGGCCCAAAGGGCAACUCUGGUCCCAUUGGCCUCACAGGAGAUCUGGGGCAGCAGGGAGAGCCUGGGCCUAAUGGUGUGGAUGGUCUGCCAGGUUCUAAAGGAGAUACAGGAGAGCCCGGAAAAGCUGGACCACCAGGAGCUACAGGAGAGCCAGGUCCCCCUGGAGCCCCAGGACGAAGGGGUCACUUGGGAAAACCAGGUCCAGAAGGAAAGCCUGGCGUGAAAGGAGCAAAGGGUGCACUGGGACUGGAGGGGCCUGUGGGAAAGACAGGACCUGUGGGAGGACAGGGCCACCCCGGAAAAUCAGGACCCCAAGGCCUCAGAGGCAUUCCAGGACCAGCGGGCGAACAAGGGCUAAAUGGACCUCCAGGCCAGUCAGGUCCCCCAGGACCUAUGGGCCCACCUGGUUUACCAGGACUGAAAGGAGACCCAGGGAGGAAGGGAGAUAAGGGCCAUGGUGGAUUGAUUGGACUGAUAGGACCCCCAGGAGACAUUGGAGAGAAGGGGGAUCGAGGUCUGCCAGGAAACCAGGGCUUACCUGGAGCCAAAGGAGAGGAGGGUCCAGUUGGACCCCCAGGCCCCCCUGGUCCUCCAGGACCCACUGGUCUUUCUGGUGCCAUUGGUGAAAAGGGAUCCAAAGGGAAUCAGGGUCCCAUUGGCCAAAGAGGGGACAAUGGACCGGCAGGCCCACCAGGACCUCCAGGCCCCGCAGCUGCAGGCAUCUCUCCUCUGCCUCAGCAGGGCCGCAGACGCAGGGCCCAACACUCUGUGGAUGGGGCUGCUCUGGAGGGAGAGGAGGCAGACACCAUCAACGCAGCAGAAGAAAUCCAAGGAGACCAGCCGGAGCAGAGCGGCAAAGCCAUGCAGGAGGUCUUUGCCUCUCUGUCCUCCAUGAAAGUGGAUGUGGAGGGCCUGAGGAACCCACAGGGAACCUACCUGAGCCCAGCCCGCUCCUGUAAAGAGCUAUGGCUGCUACAGCCUCAGCUGCCCAAUGGAGACUACUGGAUCGAUCCAAACCAGGGCUGCCACCGAGAUGCCUUCAAGGUCUUCUGUAACUUCACUGCACAGGGAGAGACGUGUCUGUACCCAGACAAGAAGUUCCAGUCGGUGAAGUUAGCAGCAUGGAAAGGAGAGAAGCCUGGCUCAUGGUACAGUGACUUCAGGAAAGGCAGAAAGUUCUCCUACUCGGGCUCUGAUGGAACUCCAGUCCAUGUGGUGCAGCUCAACUUCCUCAAAUUGCUGAGUGCCACAGCCAAACAGAGCUUCACCUACCACUGCCUCAACUCUGCUGCCUGGCUCAACAGUGCCACCCAAAACCACCAGUAUGCACUGCGCUUCAGAGGGAGUGAUGGAGAGGAGCUCAAACAGGAGAACACGCACUACAUUAAUGCACUGUAUGAUGGCUGUCAGAGUCGCUCGGGACAGGAGAGGACACUGCUGGAGCUGGAUGCUCCUCACUCUAACUCUCUCCCCAUCAUCGACGUGGCCGUCUCGGACUUUGGAAAUGGGAACCAGAAGUUUGGGUUCCAGGUGGGUCCUGUCUGCUUCAAUGGUUAACCUGAGAACAUGACUGUAAGGACACAGAGCCAUGGACACUUUGUACCAGCAGGGAAUGAACUGAAUCCUAUAUUUAUAACAGAUUUACCUUCAGCAGUGUUGUUUUUGCCACAUAAAUACAUGACAGCAGUGAUGUCGUGUUGUACAUAUGAGAUAUACUGUUGAUAUGGAGGUGCUCCCAGUACAGCUUUGGUUCCACCAAGCAGCCUGGUACGAGUCAGUUUAGUGCAGCUGCCUCAUGCAGUGUCCCAGAUUCUCCAGGCCUCCAGGGGGAGCACAGAGCCACGGGCCAUCUGUAUGCUUCUUCAAGCACAAAGAAAACACUGUUCAAUCCAAAACUUCCCUCACACAAAGCUCACACUAACUGCCUUUUGCCCAGAAGAACAUGAAAGGCACACGCAGGUGGCCUCUGUCCAAAACUAGUGCAGCUAGAGUUUAGAGGGUCCAUCUAAACUCCAGCCUCUGACCUCAAUAUAAACGAUUUCACCUCUGCUGUUUUGCUCAUACACACACUAAAGACUAAACCCAUGUAUGUGACAUUUUAAUAGCAUUAUCUACUGUUUCUGGUCAUUUUUUGGCAACGUUAGUGCAAACUAGGUAAAUUUGCAGCUUUCUGG